AAAAAAGGCGUUUUCGGAAGCGACUCGGCCGUGCACAAGGGACAUUUGUUUGUUUUGGGACUGGGGCAGGAAAUCUUGCCGGCCUGAGUCACGGCCUUUCAUGAAGCAGAGAAGGAUGGGCCUGAACGACUUUAUUCAGAAGAUCGCCAACAACUCCUAUGCAUGCAAACACCCUGAAGUUCAGUCCAUUUUGAAAAUCUCCCAACCUCAGGAGCCCGAGCUUAUGAACGCCAACCCCUCUCCUCCGCCAAGUCCUUCUCAACAAAUCAACCUUGGUCCGUCCUCCAAUCCUCAUGCUAAACCAUCUGACUUCCAUUUCUUGAAAGUGAUUGGAAAGGGCAGUUUUGGAAAGGUUCUUCUAGCCAGACACAAGGCAGAAGAAGCAUUCUAUGCGGUCAAAGUUUUACAGAAGAAGGCUAUCCUGAAAAAGAAGGAGGAGAAGCAUAUCAUGUCAGAGCGGAACGUUCUGCUGAAGAAUGUGAAGCACCCUUUCCUGGUGGGCCUCCACUUCUCUUUCCAGACUGCCGACAAACUGUACUUUGUCCUUGACUACAUUAACGGUGGAGAGCUGUUCUACCAUCUCCAGAGGGAACGCUGCUUCCUAGAACCACGGGCUCGCUUCUAUGCUGCUGAAAUAGCAAGUGCCUUGGGCUAUCUGCACUCCUUGAACAUAGUUUAUAGAGACUUAAAGCCAGAGAAUAUUCUCCUGGACUCACAGGGACACAUUGUCCUGACUGACUUUGGGCUCUGCAAGGAAAACAUUGAGCACAACGGUACCACGUCCACCUUCUGUGGCACACCUGAGUAUCUUGCACCUGAAGUACUCCAUAAGCAGCCAUAUGACAGGACCGUGGACUGGUGGUGCCUCGGAGCUGUCUUGUAUGAGAUGCUCUAUGGCCUGCCUCCAUUUUAUAGCCGGAACACAGCUGAGAUGUACGACAACAUUCUGAACAAGCCCCUCCAGUUGAAACCAAAUAUUACAAACUCAGCAAGGCACCUCCUGGAGGGCCUCCUGCAGAAGGACAGGACAAAGAGGCUGGGUGCCAAGGAAGACUUUAUGGAGAUUAAGAAUCAUAUUUUCUUCUCUCUAAUUAACUGGGAUGAUCUCAUUAAUAAGAAGAUUACACCCCCAUUUAACCCAAACGUGAGUGGACCCAGUGACCUUCGGCACUUUGACCCCGAGUUUACUGAAGAGCCAGUCCCCAACUCCAUUGGCAGGUCCCCCGACAGCAUUCUUAUCACGGCCAGCGUCAAGGAAGCUGCAGAAGCCUUCCUUGGCUUCUCCUAUGCGCCUCCCAUGGACUCUUUCCUCUGAACACUCUUGGGGUGGUUCCGAAGGAUCUCCUGCGUGUUUUCUAAGUGUUUUAGUUAGCCUUUGGAGUUGCCAGCUGACAGAACAUCUUGAAAGAGAAUUUGCACACCUGGAAGCUUGGCAAUCCCAUCGCACACUGCUCGGUGGAAGCUUUCGAAGAGCACACCCUCCUCUCAGUGAGCUUGUGAGGUUUUUUUAUUCUUCCUUCCAACGUGGUGCUAGCUCUAAAUGAGCAUGAGAGUGCCGACUUAGACAGACACCUUGGUCUCGUUAGAAGGAAGAUGCAGGUCUAAGAGGGAUCUCCUGCAGGUCUGUCUGAGCUGUGAUCACGAAUAUUCUGCAAUGUGCCUUUUCUGAGAUCUUGUUAGCUCCAAAGCUUUUUCCUAUCGCAGAGUGUUCAGUUUGGUUUUUUUUUUCUUUUUUUCUACCUUGUGGAUUUCCCGUGUGAACAGUGGUGUGAGUGUGCUACGCCUGAUGACAGACGGUUUUGUUAUAAGCAUCAAUGUGACACUUGCAGGACACUACAAUGUGGGACAUUGUUUGUUUCUUCCAUAUUUGGAAGAUAAAUUUAUGUGUAGACUGUUUUUUUUGUAAAAUAUAGUUAAUAACUAAAAUCUAUUGAAACGGUCUUGCAACGAUGUGCAUCCAGAUGCUUAACGGAAAGCAUUGCUGCUACAAAUAUUUCUAUUUUUAGAAAGGGUUUUUAUGGACCAAUGCCCCAGCUGUCAGUCAAAGCCGUUGGUGUUUUCAUUGUUUAAAAUGUCACCUGUAAAAUGGGCAUUAUUUAUGUUAUUUUUUUUGCAUUCCUGAUUAUUGUAUGUAUCGUGUAAAGAAAGUCUGUACAUUGGGUUAUAACACUAGUAUAUUUAAACUUACAGACUUAUUUGUAAAACCAUCAUUUUAAUGUACUGUAAUUAACAUGGUUAUAAUAUGUACAAUUCCUCCUCCCUACCACACAACUUUUUUUGUGUGCAAUAAACCAAUUUUGGUUUGCAAUAAAGUCUUGAAAAAUAUU